AUCGAUUUCUGUUCCGUUUUUGUUACUUUUGUUUUUGUUCUUUUUUGUGUUCAUCCGUUGAGUUUUGUUUUAGUCAAGUGAUUUUUUUUCAAUUUUUUUUUAUUAGACUCUAUGUACACGUAAAUUGAAUGAGUUAAUGAUAUCUCCGUACAAAAUGUUGAAAAGUGUCAACGUAUUACUGUUACAAAAACAGAAUAACAAAAUGAGCUGACGUUAAGCUAUUCCGCUGUUUUCGGAAUCGAAUUUUGCAUUAACCGCUUUGCAACAGCUGCCUAUACAUAAACGCUCAAGAUGGAAGAACAGGGUCAACUGUAUCAAUAUUACUUUUAUUCUGAGCACAAUCGCCGGCUCAAUUUUGUGCCAAUUUACGACAACAAUAAGCCGGUGAGGUAUCAACGUAAUGAUUACAUCGAGCGCGAUAACAGAUAUGCAAGCAGUGAAACAAGUCGAAUGUUUCACAUUUCACUACCAUGCCUAUCACGUUGCCGAAGGAGAAGUUUCGCUGAAUUGAGCGACAACGAAUCAACACCGUUGCUCCAUGGAAACGGAACGUCACAAAAGAAAUUAUCGCCGCAUCGAAAGAGGAUACUGCUCACGGUUUUCAUAGUAUUUUACGCCGGAUUCUUGAUUCUUGGAAGUAUCACGUUUCGAACAUUUGAACUGAGCGUAGAGCUUGAACAGCGACAAUCGUACCGUGAUGUUCGACAAGCAUUCCUAAUGAAGCACCCAAGUGUUUUAGAUGAUGACCUGGAAGAAUUUGUCGAGAAUAUUGUCAAAGUCAGUGGCAAGGGGGUGUCCGUUUUACGCAAUGCCACCGGUGAUUUAAAUUGGAGUUUCGGUCAGGCAUUAAUAUUUUCAGCUACCGUUAUCACGACCAUCGGAUACGGACAUGUUACGCCGCUUAGUGAAGCUGGGAAGAUUUUCUGCAUCAUAUAUGCUACGGUUGGCAUACCGUUAACCCUAGUCUUGAUAUCGGCCAUGGUCGAACGGUUGCUGAUUCCAACCAAUUGGAUUCUGGGAAAAUUGAAUUCGAAGCUCGGCCAUCUGUAUCAACCCUUCAAUAUACGCCUGUUGCAUCUAGCGUUAAUUGCUACAAUUUUCGCUGUGAUAUUCUUUGCUGUACCUACGAUAAUCUUUUCACAUUUGGAACCAAAUUGGACUCCGCUAGACGCAUUUUAUUAUUGUUUCAUCAGUCUGACCACCAUUGGUCUGGGCGAUUUCAUACCGGGCGAUGGUGUCGAUCUUCCCAACAGAUCGUGGUAUCGAGUCUUUAUAACCAUUUACUUGAUAUUCGGCAUUAUUGGCAUGAUGUUGACGCUUACUGUUUUCUAUGAAAUACCGCAACUGAAUCUGGGACAACUGUUCACAGAAAACAGUAUGGACGACACUGAAAAAGUUCGACUGUCACAGAACAAUCCACCGUUCUAUUCCGGACCAUCGGGACUGUACAUUCCGCAGCGAGACGACGAGGUUCGGCGAUCCGUCGUUCGAAUACGUCCGCACGGUGAUGACGAUUCGCCCAGCCCAGAUGACCCGACACCGAUGCAUGCAAAGGAUAUUAGAGUUCCGUAAACACUAUUGUUUUUUUGUAUAUCUAAGAAACACUGAAAAUGGACACUGCACCAUCACAAACACACCAGAGCGUAGUAUGUAGAGAUAUAUUAUAACAAAAAUUAUAAACACAAACGCAUAAAAAUUAUAAUAUUAUUUUAGAGAGAAAAAAAAGAACAAAAAUAAAAAUUAUAUCAAAACAAUGACAAAAAACAUAAAAACUGAAGAAGAAAAAAAAGGUGGAGAAGUGGAGGAACAAUAGAAAGAUUCACUCUGUCCUCUGUGAACCUAUCGAAUUUCAAACCGUAACUGUUCACAAAAAUCAGAAAUGGCUUAUGACGAUUUACCACUCCAUUUGCAAAGCUCUGCAUUGUACAUUGAUCCAGCACGUUCAACAAAUUAGCUAAUACAGCAGAUAAGGAGAGAAAAAUAGCAAUACCUUUAUAUCUGGUAUACCGCAGGGGCAGCACUACUCCUAGCAUGAACACUGAGUCGACAAGCGUCAAAUUUGGAAGAAGGAAUAUUUUCUAUUUUCAUGCUAGAAGCAAGGCUACUAAAUUUGUGCAAAUGAUUUUUACGCGACCACAACAUGCCUUUUUUUCAACAGACUAUUUUUCGCAAACUUUUGAUAAGGCUCAACAUUGGGGAAUUUUGUAGAAAGAAUCAUAAAACUUACUGACAUAUUUCUGGCCAAGAC